AUGCUGCGGAUGCGGAUGCUGCAGCGCUCGUCUGGCCCGGGGGCUUCCCGGAGGCCCCUGCUCGGGCCCGGCGCGAACAGACCGCUGGCCUUUCUGAGGGGCUCCUGUUCUGGGGAGGUCCACAGAGAGACGCUGGAGGGACAGGGAGGCCUGGUGGGAACGGGCAAAGCCUUCAGCUUCCACGGCGGGCUCCUUCAGGCCAAAGGCGGCCUGGAGGGCUCCCCAAAGCGCCAGGGUCAACGCAGCGCCCUUCUCCUUGGCAGCUCCACCCAGCCCCUUUCUCGAAAGGGCUUUAUGCCCCCACCCUCAGCCAGGCGUCCCAUUGCUAGCCUGAAAGCCAGUCUUUGGGGCAGCCCACCCCCAACCAGCUCCUGGCGGAAGCUCCUGGCAAGCAGGGGGCCGGCAGGGGGGCUGUCUGUCAAGCAGAGCCCUGACAAUGGGCCCCCAGCUGCGCAAACAGGGCCCCACCCGAGCUGGCACCGCCGCUAUGUCUGUUCAGCCCGGGCACUGUUGUCCUGGAUGACGCCCCGCCUCCUCGCUCCUCCAAUGGUGGGCCUGGCCCGGCGUGGCUGGGCGUGGGGUGCUGGGGAUAUGAGCAGGGGGCUCAGGGCCCUGCGGCACAGAAGAGUGAGGGCCAUGGAGCUCCGCCACCGAGAGCUGUGGCUUUGGCUCUGCCUCUGGCUGAGGGCCCUCGUGGCCGGCCGGCCGCACCAGCCCCCGAGGGGCGAGGCCGGCUACCGGCUUGUCAGACCGCCCCAGGGCUUCCCUGCAGCCCAGGCCUGGUGCUGGUUGCACGGGGGGUCCCUCCUCCACUCUUGGGACCCACAGGCCAGAGGCUUCCUGCAGCGCCACCUGAUCAGCGGGAGCAAGAGCUGGGUGGCACCCCAUGCAGAGGUGCCUCAGGAGCCAGGGGAGACCAGAGGACAGGGGCAGUCGUCUGUGUGCCAGAGCCUCAUCCGGAUCGGGGACCAGUUCUGGGCCAGGAGGGGGGCCUGCACCGAGAAGCUCCCCUUCGUCUGCCAGUCUGGCCCGCACAGGCUGCGCAGAGAGGCUUCCCGCCCCCAGCCGCGACGCCAUCCCUGCACGGUGAGGUGCAGACCAAGGCCAGGGGCCAGAACAACGCCGGGGCUCACCAGAGAGCCCUUGACUGGCCCUCAGAGCUUCCGGCCAGGAACCCCAAACCAUCAGCAAGCUGAUGGCCCAACCGAUGGCAGCAGCACCCCCUGGCGGCCCACCAGCGAGCCAGUGACUGGCAUACGGCACAGCCCCGGCACCGGGUUGGAGCUCAGCCCCCAGACACGGCCCGGCCACCGCCUGGAAAGCAGCGACCAGCACCGCUCCGGCACCACGGCAGCAUCAACAGCGCGCCUCCAGUCCAGCCCCCAGCCGAUCCCUGACGAUGGACCCCCCACUCCAGAAGCUGCCGUUAGCCCAGAACCUGGCACCCAGCCACCGCCCACCAGCAAGACCUCUGCCAAGGGGCCAGAAAGCCCCCUGCCCCGCUCAACCGUGGGGUCCAUCACACUCAGCCCCCAGGACGUCCCACAUGAGGACAAGGGGCAGGCCCUGGAGCAGCUGGUGUCGCAGUUCAACCAACUGGUGCAGACCCUGGGCCACCCGCUGGCGGUGGAGAGGGCGAGCCAGGCCCUGCAGGAUCUGACCAGCUCUCCUGCCUUGCUGUCUGAGGAUGACCAGGCUCAGGCCAGCCAUGCCCUCCGGUUCUUGAGUGCUCAGUUGCCGACAGAGCCCCUGGCAAGCAACAGCUCCCACCCAGGCUUGGCGGCGGCAGCCUCGUCUCUCUUCCAGUCCCUCAGCAGCCUCCUCCUGGCCAUGGGUGCCAACGCCUCCAGCUCCGACGGGAGCAAGCAGCAGUGGGGGGCAGCUCUGGCGGAGACCCUGGCGGCGCUGCCCCUGAUCCAGACGGGGCUCCUCCUGGCCAGCUCCUCCACAGAGGCUGGUGUGACUGUGGCGUCGCCUGCACUCAGCACCACCCUGAGCAGCCGCAGUGCCACCUCUCUGCCCCACAGCUCCUUCCACUUGCCUCAGCCCAAGCCCCUUACAGUCACCUUCCCGGCCACCUCCUCCCUGGCACCGAUGCUCAGCCAGCAGGGCCAGGCUCCGGUCCAGGUCCAGGUGGCCUCCUUUGCCUGCGACCCUUUCAGGCCUCUUGGUGGGAAGCCCAUGGCCAGCGUGGCCAGCGUCGCUCUCCGUGCCGGCGGGGGGCCCCUCAGCAUCCGUGGCCUCCCCGAGGAGAUUGAGAUUGCUCUCGGGGGAGAGGGUGAAGCGGAGGGUUCUGCCGCCUGGCUGAACGGCAGCUGGGGGCACUUCCGCAUGGAGGUGAAUGUCACAUCCCUGGAGGACGCCCUGCUGGUCAGUGUGAGACCUACCGCCCCCUCCCAGAUCACCCUGUGCCUGGUGUCCCCACCCCACGCCCACAGCAACAGCUGCCUCCUCAACACGACGCUGCCCAAGGGCCGCUGGCAAGAAGAGGGUGCCUACGUCUGGGUGGUUCCCCCAGAGAACCUGCGUCUGCACGGCCCAGGCACCUACUCCCUCUCUGCAGAGGCGGCCGCACAGCCCCCCCAGGGCCCCAGGAACCUCUCCAUCUCUGUUGCCAGCAUGGGCUGCUACCACUGGGACAGCCAAGCCCAGGCCUGGAGAAGCAAUGGAUGCCGGGUGGGACCCCUCAGCACACUCCGAAGGACCCAGUGCCUGUGUAGCCACCUCAGCUUUUUUGGCCGCUUCCUCCUGGUCAUGCCGCACGUGAUCGACCUCCGGCGCGUGGGGCAGCUCCUGAGCCGAGUGGGCCAGAACCCAGCCGGGCUGGCCUUGCUGUGCUGCCUCUUGCUGGCCUACGGAGCCCUCCUGCUUUGGGCCCGCCGGAAGCAGAAGGUGGACAAGGGGAAGGCGAAGGUCACGGCCUUGGCAGAUAAUGCCGCCAGCGCCCACUGCUGCUACCUGGUGCAGGUCUUCACAGGCUACCGCCGAGGAGCAGCCACCUCAGCGAAGGUGAUCCUGACCCUGUACGGGGCAGAGGGGCGGAGUGAGCCACACUUGCUGCAGCACCCACAAGCACCGAGAUUUGAGACUGGCAGCAUGGACGCCUUCCUCCUCACCACUCAGAGGCCCUUGGGCACCCUUCACGCCAUCCGUCUCUGGCACAACAACUCUGGUGCCAGCCCCGGCUGGUUUGUGCGUCGGCUGGUUGUCAGUGACCUCGCUGCCAGGAAGAAGUGGUACUUCCUCUGCAACUGCUGGCUGGCCGUGGACAUGGAAGGGGGCCGAGUGGACGAGGUCUUCGUAGCCGCCUCCGACCGGGAGCUGUGCUCCUUUGGGAACCUCUUCUGGGCAGGGCUGGUGGAGAAGCUGAGCCAGGAGCACCUGUGGCUGUCGGUGGUGAUGUGUUCGGCCUGGAGCCCCUUCACCCGGGUGCAGCGGCUCUCCUGCUGCCUGUCGCUCCUGCUGUGCUCCAUGCUCAUCAAUAUCAUGUUCUGGAAGGGGCCGGUGGAGGAAGAGCCCCAGCCGGGGCCCUUUGCGGUGACGUGGCGGGACCUGGUGGUGAGCCUGCAGGCAGCCGUCCUCUUGAUGCCGCUGCAGCUGCUGAUCGUGCACAUCUUCCAGUUGGUCCCGCCUCCUGCCUUGGAGCCGCCUCCUGUAGGCCCCCAACCCCCACCGCCAGCAGCAGUGCCCUCCAAGCAGUUGCCCACAAUCACAUUCAUUCAGCAGGAGCUGACGGAGAUGGUGGGCUUCCUGUACAAGAACCCGCUGUGCCGCCGCCAAGAGCCGGCCGACUUCCCUGGGACCUGGAAGCAAACACCAGAGCUGGUGGCCGGCCUCUGUGCUCUCGUCCGCUCCUCUUUGCAGCAGCUGCAGGAGCCUGAGACUCUCACACAAGAGCGAUCCAGCAGUCUCCACAGCUACCUGUGCCAUGUAGUGCGUGACUUGGAGGCUCAGCUGCGUAGGCUGGAUGGGCACAGCCUUCCGAACCCCUACGACCACCUGCAUGCCCAGGACCAACUGCACCGACUCCGGCAGCAGCUGGAGCAGCAGAACCCCUGGCCAGGCAUGGAGCGACCCAGCCAGCUCAGUAGCUUCCCGAUGGAGGCCCCCUUGGAGCGCAGAGGGCCCUGCUGCCGCGGCCCGUUGGGGCGCCUCCAGUUCCUCUGCUGGCUGGUGGUGGUCUUGGCGGGCCUGGGGGCGGGCUUCUUCACCGUGCUGUACAGCCUGCAGCUGAGCAGUGCCCAGGCCACCCGCUGGGUCACCAGCAUCGUCCUCUCCACGCUGCAGGGUGUCCUCCUCAUGCAGCCGCUGAAGGUGCUGGCCCUGACCGGGAUCUGCUCACUGAUGCGGAGAAGGGAGCUGUGGCACAACCGGGGUCAGGAGCAGACACUCCGGUGGGCACUCGCCCUCAUAGAACUGCCUCUGCCCGCUGCAAGCCCCGGCUCAAGAGGCUGGACCCCUGACCCCAUCUACAGGCCGCCCACUCUCCAGCCAGCAGUGCAGCCCAAGGAAAGAGCCACGAAAGAAAAGAUGUUGUCCUCCUUGGUCCGAGAGAUUGUGGUGCAGCUGGUGUUCCUGGCAGUGCUGAUGGUCCUUUGCUAUGCUGAGAGGAGCCCCAGUGAGUUCUACCUGAAUGACGCCCUCCAAAAAAGCUUUGCCCCCCAAGUGGGCGGCGUCCAGACUCUGGAGCAUCUGUGUGACUGGGCCAGGCGCACCCUGCUGCCCACCAUCUAUCGUGACUCCAAAGGUUUUGCCACAGGUGCCAACUCUUUCCUGGUGGGCAGCGUGCGACUCCGGCAGAUCCGGGCCGAGGGAGGCCCAGAGCAACUUGGGCCUGCUUUCCUCUGGCCCCAGCUUGAGUCCGGUGCUGCCAGCCAGGAGGGCAGCGGGUGUGCCCACUGGGGGCCUGGCGGCAGAGCACAUGAGGAUGCCUGGGUCUUCCAGAGUGAGACCACCCUUCAGGAGUACCCUACCUGGGGGAAGUUUGCUGUCUAUCCAGGAGGUGGCUACCUGGCAGAUCUUGGCACAAAUGCCAGCCAUGCCAACAGAACCCUCCAUGCUCUGGCACGGGGUAAGUGGCUGGACAGGUGCACAAGGGCCGUCUUCGUAGAAUUCACCGUCUACAACGCCAACGCCAACCUCUUCUGCGCAGUCACCGUGAUGCUGGAGACCAACGGGAUAGGGGUCUUCGCUGGCUCAACUGCCCUGCAGAUCCUCCGGCUCUACCCCAACAGCCAGAUGCUUGUUCCGCUGGUUUGCGCCCAGCUCACUUUCCUGCUGCUGCUCUUGUACUACGUGGUUGUGCAGGGCCAGUGCGUGAAGCAGCAGAAAUGGAGGUACUGCCGCUCCCAGGAGAACCUGCUGGACGCCUUCAGCAUCCUCAUCAGUCUGACUGUCGUGGGCCUGUAUGUCCGGAGGCGGCUGCUGGCAGCUGGUGUCCUGAGGCAGUAUCGGCAGGACCGCAGCAGGUUUGUCCGUAUCUCAGAGGUGGCCAAAGCAGACACAGCGCUCACCUACUCGAUCGCCUUCCUGGUGGCCUUGACCACCAUCAAGCUGUGGAAUCUGCUUCGCUUGAACCCCAGAAUGUACCUCAUCACCCGGACCCUGCGGAAGGCCUGGGACCAGAUCCUGGGAUUCCUGCUCACGCUCCUGGUGCUCCUGACGGGCUACGCCUUUGCGUGUAACCUCCUACUUGGAUGGAGCCUCUUCAGCUUCAAGACCUUCUUCGACUCAGUGGUGACCAUUGUGGGGCUGCUGGCCGGGAUAUUCAAUUAUGAAGCGGUCCUGGCCCUGGACCCCCUGCUGGGCUCCCUCCUGCUGCUUACCAGCGUCCUCUCCAUGGUCUUUGUCACCAUCAACCUGCUGGUCUCUGCCCUCCUGACCGUCUUCAGCAGGGAGAUGAAGGCCGCGAAGAUCUGCCAGGAGGAGUCCAUGAUGCAGCUGAUACAGCUGAAGAUCUCCAGCUGGUUUGGAAUCAAGCAACGGGCCCCAAGACCUGCCCAGGAGGGAGCCGCGCGGGACUGA